AUGAACACACACGCACGCACGAGGGAACCGCAUGCACAGUACAUUCUCGCCACCAAGACCGCGUGGCAGGCACGCGCAGUUGCUGGCCUAGAGGCGCGCUCGCGGCAUGCCCUGGGUGUCAGCGCUUCGCCUCGGAGCCGCGUGACUGUUCGCGAGUCCGGCUCCGGCCUUCCGUGCCACGGCAGCGACGGCGCGCUCCUUCCAGCCGCGACGGCGGAGCGCUGCGAGGCGGGUGGCGCUGCGGCGGCGGCUGAUCAGACGCCGCGUCGCGUCUCGGCGGCGGCAGCUGCUUCGCCGCGAGAAUGUGGCGAGGAGACGUACGCGCCUCCGCUGUACGUCUCCUCUGCGGCAGCAGCAUUGAGCGAACGCGGUGGCUGA